CUCAGUCUUUCACUCAUCCUCGUGGGAGCAAGCAAAAUGGAGUCGUUCUAACGUUGUUUGGUUUGUCGUUGUCAUUUCAUUAUUUUGUAGCCGCGUUUUCGUGUUUCAAUUCUGGUUUUAAUUGACAAGUUAACCAAGCCUAUUAUAAAACUCUUUUUGUAGAAAAGUUGCGAUUUUGAUGAGCGUCUUAGUAUGGAAGAGAUAAAUUGUGACCGCUAUUUUUUUUCUGAGCGAAUUUGACUCGAUCAUCAAUUGUUGAUAUCAAAAACACUUGCUGGACCUGUGAUCUUGAAGCGGUUGUUAUAGAAAUCUGACCCUAUUGGAUAGAAGUGUUAUACCGAGGGUGACUUUCGACGGGACGCGAUGCAAAUCCAGAACGUAGAAGCUCUUAAAACAUGGCUAACAAGCCGUCUGGAACCAAUUUGUGAAGCAGAUCCUGCUGCCUUGGCAAAAUAUGUUGUUGCACUUGUUAAAAAAGAUAAAACCUCAGAGGAACUUAUGGAAGUCUGCAAAGAUCAGCUAGAAGUCUUUCUUUCAGAUGAAACAAACAAGUUUGUGGAAGUAUUAUUCGAGGCUCUCAAAGACGAUUCCUACAUCCCAUCCACUAUAUCAACAUCCGUCCCAGAAAAACCGAGACCAGUUUCUGUGAUAGAGGAGGCUCCACCAGCCAAAUUAGUUGAAGUCUCAGUUCCAGAUGAUGAUGAAAGAGACUUUCGUAGAACAAGAAAAAACACAGAUCCAAGUAACAAGCCUAAUAGGAAUUCAAUUCCAGUAGAUAGACGUAAACGCAGGGCUGACGAAGACAUCCGGACAGACAAUCAUAAAAUUGCAAAAGAAGACCUAAAUACAAAACAAAAUGACUCUGAAAAUGCUAGUUUGGACAUAGAUAACAAAGGGCGUCCCCAACCAAUCCCAACCACAAGGGAAGGCAACAGAGAUUGGGAUAGGGAUAGACGGUAUCCAAGGGACUUCUCACGAUCAGAUGAAGAUGGGCGUACUAGGAGGGGCCCUGUGUGGGACAGAAUAGGGCAUGGCAGAGAUAGGGACAAUAACAGAACUGGAAGGUCUCGGGGACAUAGGGAUAGAUACCAGGAGGGACGGUUUAGCCGUGAAGCGAAGAACAGAUGCAGAGAUUAUGAAGAGAAAGGCUUCUGUAUCCGUGGAGAGCUCUGCCCAUUUGACCAUGGAAAUGAUCCUGUCAUAGUUGGCCAGGAAAUACCACCAAUGCAAAACAUGAUGCCAUUCUCUGGAGCCCCCCACUUUAUGCCUGGAGCACCACCUCUACCUGGAAUACCUCCAGUCAUGGUAACAGCACCAGACAACUUCCAUCGAAAUCUUGGACAGCCUACACCACAGCCCAAGAAUGACACAGCAAAUAGAGAUUCUGCAAAAGCUGAUCCGAAGCAGCCAGAGAAAGAGGCACCUAACAGUGGGACUCUGAUCCCAAACAUUCCCCCACCAGGCAUGCAGACACUGAUGGGGUUGCCUCCCACUGGAGUACCGCCACAAAUGCUGCCAAUGAUGCCGCCUAGACCAACUGUCUACCAUCCCCCUGCAGAUGACACCUAUAACCCUGAACAGCCCCAGUUUGAUCGACCACCUGUCUGGAUGCGUGUAGGCAUUCCUGGGCAAAUGCCGCCUGGCAGCAUUCCCUACAACCCUGAUAUGGCGGCAAGGUCCAGAGAGCUGGUAACAGUGCCCCCAGACCAGUCACAGAUUACAGUACAAGUGACUACAGACCCACCAACAGGGGAGACCUCAAGGGUUGUGAUAGGACCUCCAGGGUCCGCCCCUGAUGCUGCAGCUGACCAGUCAGAUGCUGUGAAGAAUGUUCCUAUGAAAAGGAAGUUCUCUGAUACCUUAGAGAUUAAAAAGAUCCCAAGAGACCAAAACAAUAUCACAAAACUGAAUGAGUACUUCAAGAGAUUUGGGAAUAUUGUCAAUAUUCAGGUUAAUGCUUUCAACGACCCUGAAGCAGCACUUGUCCAGUUCUCCAACAGUCUUGAAGCAAGAAAUGCAUACAGAUGUCCAGAUGCUGUGCUUGGGAGCAGAUUUAUCAGGGUCUUUUGGCACAACCCUGAUCAACAGCCCCAACAAAAGGAUAAUUCUGCAGGACGAGAACCAAAGAAAGUCUUUGAGCCCAAGAAACCAACCAUGUUCCAGAGUGGUAAAACCACGUUUGUCAGAAAGCCAUCAGAGGCAGCAACUACAGAAUCCUCAACAGUGCCGCAAACAGUAGUUUCAGAGACAAAGUCAUCAACAACCACAGCCACCAUAACAACAACAUCCGAAGUAACAACCUCUGCUGCGGUUUUAACUGUGGCACCAGCUACCACCCCAGCUUCAGCAAUAGCCCCCUCCGCAUCCACCACGGUGACCAGUACGGUCAAACCCGUUGUGAACUCUAAGCUGCAGCAGCAACAGGACUUGAUGAUAAAGAAGCUUGAAAUUCAAAAGCAGAAGCAAGAGUUGCUGGACAAACAGAUACAACAACAGAAGCUUUUGAUCUCGAAACUGGAGAAGAAAAAUCUUUCAGCAAACGAGAAAAGUGCCAUCAUGAAGACCUUAAAGCUCCUGAGCUCUAAUAUUGAGGGGUUAAAGCAAGAAGUGGAGAUUGCAGCCAUCACGGUCAAGUCUAAGGAGAGCCCUCAACAAGCCAGACAAAUUGCGCAGAAAGCAAUCCUAGAUCAGGAGCUUGACUUGAUCUCACACCAGCACCACGGUGAAGACACGACCGAGCUAAAAAAGAAGGUGGAAGAACUCAAACAGGAGGCUAAGUCUCUUGGAUUGUUUGAUGGGCCAUCUCGGGGCCGAGGGGCUUCUGCACAUGUCAGAGGGCGUGGCAGGGGGGCAAGAGGAAGGGGACGGGGUGCAGGGGCACGGGUGUGGACGAGAGAGAGUGCGACUUUGGACAAGAGACCAAAGCAGAUCAGUGUCGCUAACAUCACAUCAGAACAAAAGGAAAAUGUCGUUGAGCACUUCAUGGAGUUUGGCAAUGUUGAUCGUGUGGACUAUGAGAGCAAAACAUCGAUUCUGGUGCUUACCUUCCGCACAAGAAAAGAGGCCGAGAUCGCCUUUGCAAAGGGACGUCGACUGAAGGAACAGAUGCUGGAUGUCUCAUGGUACAGACCCUCAAGCCCGACAGCUGCUUCUGCUGCAUCCCCCGCCACGCCCACUCCAGGGGUACGCAAUCGCUCUUCAACCAUCAGCAGUGGUGGUCUGGAUGAAGACCUCGCUUUGGAUCUUGGCACUGAGUUGGAAAAACAUGAUGUCGACCAUGAAGCGGAGGAGGCGCUACUACUGGAAGACUUUGACGAGGAAGAAGACGAAGAGGAGCGGUCUUGGCGAAGAUAAAUUGAAAAGACUAUCCAAACACCACGAGCCAUCAGGAGUUGUUGGAAAGGCUCUGAUCUUUAUAGGAAACUUGUAAACUCUUAUUUUAACAUGAAUUAUUGUAACAUAGUUAUCUGAAUAAUCUGAGGAUUUCGAGAGCUUCCUGCCUUUUACGGUUGACCAGAGUUUAUCAAAUGCAUUUGUGACCAGAGUCCGAUCACGGCAUUUAUUUUUUGAUUUAUAAUUUUAUUCUACAUUGAAGGUGCAUGUAAAAACGGAUAGAGACAGAGAUGUCAGCAUAAAAUGUUGACCACUGUUCAGCAAAAUAUGUCUGUUUUGUGUAUGUGAAAAUGGGUAUUGAUUCCCAGUAGUCGCCCGGACUCGGGAUUGCCUCGGCUUUUUAUUGAACUUGGUGGGCACUGUGUCAUAGAUGCGUAGUUAUUCAGCAUUGUUGUAAAAGGUUCUAUUAACAAGUGUAAUGGACGUACAAAAUAAUGAAAAGAAAAAUAAAACCGCCACGAGAGAGUAAAGUGAGAAAAGAGACGCAGUGAAUGAAACGAAAGAAAAGAAGCCGAGUACUCAAUAGAGAAAAGAAAAAAAAUCAACAAAGCACAACACAAAACAAACAAAA